AGGACGCGAUCUUCCGAGUCCUGGCGGCAAGAUGUGGAUCACUGCUCUGCUACUGGCCGUGCUGCUGCUGGUGGUUCUCCACAGGGUUUAUGUGAGCCUUUUCGCUCGAAGUUCCCCGAACCCCUUCGCGGAGGAUGUCAAGCGGCCCCCUGAACCCCUGGUGACCGACAAGGAGGCUAGGAAGAAAGUUCUCAAACAAGCUUUCUCAGUCAGCAGAGUACCAGAGAAGCUGGAUGCAGUAGUGAUUGGCAGCGGCAUUGGGGGACUGGCCUCAGCUGUGAUUCUAGCUAAAGCUGGCAAGAGAGUCCUUGUGCUGGAACAACAUACCAAGGCGGGCGGCUGUUGUCAUACCUUUGGGGAAAAUGGCCUUGAAUUUGACACUGGAAUUCAUUAUAUUGGACGCAUGCGGGAGGGCAACAUUGGCCGUUUUAUCUUGGACCAGAUCACGGAAGGACAACUGGACUGGGCCCCCAUGGCCUCCCCUUUUGACUUGAUGAUACUAGAAGGGCCUAAUGGCCGAAAGGAGUUCCCCAUGUACAGUGGGAGGAAAGAAUACAUCCAGGGCCUUAAGGAGAAGUUCCCCAAGGAAGAAGCUGUCAUUGACAAGUACAUGGAGUUGGUUAAGGUGGUGGCCAAUGGAGUCUCUCAUGCCAUCCUACUCAAGUUCCUCCCAUUGCCCUUGACUCAGCUCCUCAACAAGUUUGGGCUGCUGACUCGUUUCUCUCCAUUCUGCCGAGCGUCUACGCAGAGCCUGGCCGAAGUCCUGCAGCAGCUUGGGGCUUCCCGUGAGCUCCAGGCUGUGCUCAGCUACAUCUUCCCCACUUACGGCGUAACCCCCAGCCAUACCACCUUUUCCUUGCACGCUCUGCUGGUUGACCACUACAUACAAGGGGCAUAUUACCCUCGAGGGGGUUCCAGUGAGAUCGCCUUCCAUACCAUCCCUUUGAUCCAGCGGGCAGGGGGCGCUGUCCUCACCAGGGCCACUGUACAGAGUGUGUUGCUGGACUCAGCUGGGAGAGCGUGUGGUGUCAGUGUGAAGAAGGGACAAGAGCUGGUGAACAUCUAUUGCCCAGUUGUCAUCUCCAAUGCAGGAAUGUUCAAUACCUAUCAGCACUUGUUGCCCGAGACUGUCCGCUCUCUGCCAGAUGUGAAGAAGCAGCUGGCGAUGGUAAGGCCUGGAUUGAGCAUGCUCUCAAUUUUCAUCUGUCUGAAAGGCACCAAGCAGGACCUGAAACUUCAGUCCACCAACUACUAUGUUUAUUUUGACACAGACAUGGACAAAGCGAUGGAGCGCUAUGUCUCUAUGCCCAGGGAAAAGGCUCCAGAACACAUUCCCCUUCUCUUCAUCGCCUUCCCAUCAAGCAAGGAUCCAACCUGGGAAGACCGAUUCCCAGACCGAUCCACAAUGACUGUGCUGGUGCCCAUGGCCUUUGAAUGGUUCGAGGAGUGGCAGGAGGAGCCAAAGGGCAAGCGAGGUGUUGACUAUGAAACCCUCAAAAAUGCCUUCCUGGAAGCCUCUAUGUCAGUGAUCAUGAAACUGUUCCCACAGCUGGAAGGCAAGGUGGAGAGUGUGACUGGAGGAUCCCCACUGACCAACCAGUACUAUCUGGCUGCACCCCGAGGAGCUACCUAUGGGGCUGACCAUGACCUGGCUCGUCUGCAUCCUCAUGCGAUGGCUUCCAUGAGAGCCCAAACCCCCAUCCCCAACCUCUACCUGACAGGCCAAGACAUCUUCACCUGUGGGCUGAUCGGGGCUCUGCAAGGGGCCUUGCUGUGCAGCAGUGCCAUCCUGAAACGGAACUUGUACUCAGAUCUGCAGGCUCUUGGCUCAAAGGUCAGGGCACAAAAGAAGAAGAUGUAGUCUGUUCAGAGAUGAGCGAGAGGAACGGCACCUCCCCAACUUCUCGUGCUGUCCUCCUACAGCAAUUCCUUGCACAGAUAAACAAAAACCAUUGUGUUUCUAAUAACUGUUGUAAGUCAAGAGUUCUUUACCUUGCAUUUCUACUCAAGGCCUAGUGUGGGAUACGUAGCCUUGAUGUCUCAUGAAGAGUGCUCCCAUGCCUUUCCUACAUCCAACUCCAAGCUAGGGUCAGGCACACAGAACCCCUGAGGGUGUUGGCUACUGGAAUAGGUUGGUCCAGUCCUACCCUGAAGCUUUUUGCUCCUCCCCACUCUAGUGUUGUGCUGCUCUGUACUGUUAAGGGGAAAGGAGGACUAGUAUGGGCUUGGAGUAGCAACUCUCUCCAAAUGCCAGAUCCAAGAAACCCUCGGCUCUAAGUUUUAUCCUGAUAGAAUCGGGCUAAAGGAACAUUCCAAGUCAAGGAUGCAUCAGAAGAUACCACUACCUAUGAAAUGUCUCACACACUAGCCAGCUGAGAUCUUCACUAGAGAAUGGCCAGGCUGGUAGCGAGAGAAUGGGAGUGGAGACACUAGGCCCCAAACAGGAAGCCUGAUGCGCACAAAGCCUAGAGAUGGCAUUUGUAGUUGCUGGCACAUAUUAAAACUGAGUUAUUAGGCUAGGUGGUGGUGGCACAAGCCUUUAAUCCCGGCACUCAGAAGGCAGAGGCAGACAGAUCUCUGAAUUUGAAGCCAGCCUGGUCUAUGAAGUAAGUCCAGGGCAGCCAGGGCUCUGUUACACAGAGAAAACCUGUCUCAAAAACCAAAUCAAACCAAAACCUGAGUAUAUCUGUUUUCUAAAAUGCUUGUAGUCAGAAUUAUUUCAGAUUUUGUAGUAUUUGCAUACACAUGAGAUAACUUGGGGAAUGGGACCUAGAACUAAACCACAAAUUCAUUUGUUCCAUAUGUAUAGAUCAGACACAACAUCUUAGGUAAUAUUCUGAGAAACUGAGCAUUCUGACCUGUCACAUGAGUUCAUGCUAUAGUUGAAAAAGCCUGCUCUGAUUUCAGAGUAGAGACGCUCAAUCUCUACGGAUAAAUGGGAAGAUGAAUAAAAGUUAGAACCUUU